GCGGGGGCAAGAUUCCAAUACCCGUCCUGGACGGCACGAGCAAGACAGUGAAGAAGUACAGCCGAAAAAUCGACGCUUGGCAGAUCGGCGCGGAGGUCUUGCCGCCCAAGCCUGGGGCCACGCUCGUGGCGAGCCUCCAAGGGAAAACCGAGGAGGCGUGCGAGGAGCUCGAUUUGGAUACGAUCAAGGAGGACAGCUCGAUUGAGGUUUUCUUGGGGUAUCGCGGGACUCGUUUUCGCGAGAUCGAGGUGUUGGAGACACCCGCGCUUCUGCGGACGUUCGUGAAAUCAGGCUGCGUCAUGUUCAAUGUCGAAGAAGUUCGAGAUUUCAACAACCGCUGCACCGGCAUCGCCACGAAGCUAGAAACGGGUAAGGGCAUCCACGUGCCAGACGAGGUCCUAGCCGCUACUAGCCGACCUAUGCAUAAAAAAAGAGCUCGAGUGCCCACGGAGCGCGCGGCUAGCGUGCUGAACGCGGUUGGCAACGAGUUCAAUCAUGUCAAAAUCCAGGAGCAGUUGAUGAUGAACCUGCCCAAAGUCGUGGCCGUGGACGGCUAUAGUGGCGACCGCGAUAAAGGAAACUACGGAGGUCACAAGAAGGGGCGGGUGGCGUUCUUCACCAAGAAGAUGGUGCGCGCGAGGGACGAGCUGAGGGAAGCCAAGCAGUCCCGCGGCUACUUCGCCAAGAGGGAUGGCGGCCAGCCGUCCAAGAAGGACGGCCCCACGACCAGAAAGAUGAAGGGGGCUAACCAGACGAACGUGACACCGAACGACGGGGCCGGCAAGCACCAGCAGCCCCACUUGGCCGAGAUGACAGUCGCGGCGGUCUACAAGCACGACCAGAUAGGCCCGGCCAGUGCCCGCAGUCAAGGCGUGCAACAGGCGAUCGACGGCAAGAAGCUUCGCCAGGACGUCGUCAUUCCCCCGGAGGUGACCGCCGUCCAGGGCUCAGCGCUGAUCUACAUCAGCAUCGAGGAGCUACUCAAGGAAUCAGGAGGCAAGUUGACUCUCGACACGGCCUGUUCGAGGUGCGUCGGAGGCUUGGACUGGUACAGCGACGCCAAAAAGAAACUGGCGGCCUUCACCAUCCAGCCCAUCGGGUAUGCGGAGAAGGACCCGUUCCGUUUCGGAGCGUCCAAGGCCCAGUGCGGGCUCGACGCCGUCUAUCACGCAGCGGACAACAAGCUGGACGUCAAGUCGAUCGGCGAGUCUGGCAUCCAGAUGAGCCUGGACCGCGCUGGCCACCCGACGCUGGACGUCUUGGGCUUGAAGCCGAGCUACAAGUCCGUGCAGGACGUGUCGG